AUGCAGAAAAACGAAUUUCGAGUGUUGAUCAAACAUUGCUAUUUAAUAGGCAAAAAUACUGUGCACGCUCAGCAAUGGCUUGACAAAUGUUAUCCGUACACUGCUCCAUCGAAAACAACCAUUUGCCGUUGGUAUGGUGAUUUCAAGCACGGUCGCGCGGAUGCAAAUGAUGCGGCACUCUCGGGUAGGUCAAAUGAAGCAGUCUCUCCGAAAAAUGUGAAACAAGUGUUGAAAAUCGUGAUGAAUGACCGCAAAGUGAAAGUUCGUGAGAUUGCUGAGUUGGUAAACAUAUCAACUGGAAGCGCGUCUAUGAUUUUACAUGAAAAGUUGCGAAUGAAAAAAGUGUUUCCCAAAUGGAUACCGCAUGUGCUCACAAUGGAACAAAAGCAACAAGUCGAUGAUUCACAGAGCUGUUUGUCACUGUUUACUCGCAAUAAAGAGGAUUUCUUGCGUCGAUAUGUGACAAUGGACGAAACAUUGACUCCAGAGUGA